CGCGACUUCCAAUCCGCAAAGAACGUCGAGCCCCUCGACGAACACAACACCCAGUCCGAGGACGCUGCCACCCAGCCCUCCUUCUCCGGGCCGGGGGCCCACAGCUCGGCCGCGUCGACGACCAAGCCGCAUGGCAACAAGGUCUUGAACAAGCUGGAUCCACGGCUCGAUAGUGAUAUGUUGGAGGGGCAGCAGGAA